AUGGCGGCGGUUGUAAUAGCAUAUUAUGCGGCAAAAGCUUCGGCGGCGCACUGUGGCUGGUGGCGGCGGCAGAAAUCGUUGCGGCGCACUAUGGUUGGUGGCGGCGGCGAUCAUGGUGGCGUUUUAUGCAUUAACAAUGGCGGUGAAAUGCUGUGGCUGGUGGCUAACGUUGCGGCGGCUGGUAAUAUAAUGAAAACGGCAGCGUCUUUUACUGUGGCGUCGAUACGGACUGUUGUACGUGUAUCACGUUGUGGCGUUCAAUCUACGGUGGCGUACCGUGUUGCGGCGUCAUUACUUCGUGUUGUACGGCAUCGUGUGUCAUCAUCCUAUGUCGUGGUAUCGCAUCCCGGCGAUGCGGCAUCAACUCUGUGUUACGUCGACAUUGGCGUAUUUCAGUGGUGUCCUAAGCUAGUGUCGUCCUUCCGGCAGUAUACGGAGCAUAUGGCGGCGUUCCGGCGGCCUGAUGGUAACCUCGUGUUACCGUGUCGUCCAGAGCUUUGUACUACGUUCCCUGGUGUAUAUGUCGUCCGUCCUAGUACAGCAUAUGGUAUGGUCGUAUCACGUUCCGCGGAUUGA